AUGGCGGCGGCCCCGGCGGAGGCGGAGACCCGGCAGCGGCUGCUGCGCACCGUCAAGAAGGAGGUGAAGCAGAUCAUGGAGGAGGCUGUGACCAGGAAGUUUGUGCAUGAGGACAGCAGCCACAUCAUCUCCUUUUGUGCCGCCGUGGAAUGCUGUGUGCUGUUCGGGCUGAAGCGGAGGGCGGCCGGGUUCCUGCGCAGCAACAAGAUCGCAGCGCUGUUCAUGAAGGUGGGCAAGAGCUUCCCCCUGGCAGAGGAGCUCUGCAGGAAGGUGCAGGACCUGGAGCAGCUCAUUGAGAACGCGCGGAACCAAGCCCAGGGGGUCCCGGAGAACGUGCGCAAGGUGCCGAAGCUGCCCAACCUGUCUCCUCAGGCCAUCAAACACCUCUGGAUCCGCACAGCCCUCUUUGAAAAGGUCCUGGAUAAAAUCGUGCACUACCUGGUGGAGAACAGCAGUAAGUACUAUGAGAAGGAAGCUCUCCUAAUGGAUCCUGUGGAUGGGCCAAUUCUUGCAUCUUUACUGGUGGGGCCCUGUGCACUGGAAUACACGAAGAUGAAGACUGCUGACCACUUCUGGACAGACCCCUCUGCGGACGAGCUGGUGCAGAGGCACCGGAUCCACAGCUCCCACUGCCGCCAGGACUCGCCCACCAAGCGCCCGGCGCUCUGCAUUCAGAAAAGACAUUCCAGUGGCAGCAUGGAUGACAGGCCAUCCCUGUCUGCCAGGGACUACGUGGAGUCCCUGCACCAGAAUUCCCGAGCCACACUCCUGUACGGCAAGAACAAUGUCCUGGUGCAGCCGCGAGAUGACAUGGAGGCAAUCCCUGGAUAUCUGUCCCUCCACCAGACUGCCGACAUCAUGGCACUGAAGUGGACCCCCAACCAGCUGAUGAACGGCUCCGUGGGGGACCUGGACUACGAGAAGAGUGUGUACUGGGACUAUGCCAUGACCAUUCGCCUGGAGGAGAUCGUGUAUCUUCACUGCCACCAGCAAGUAGACAGUGGUGGCACGGUUGUCCUGGUGAGCCAGGAUGGCAUCCAGAGGCCACCUCUGCGCUUCCCCCGUGGAGGACACUUGCUGCAGUUCCUGUCCUGCCUGGAGAACGGCCUCCUGCCCCACGGGCAGCUGGAUCCACCCCUCUGGUCACAGCGGGGAAAGGGAAAGGUGUUUCCCAAACUGAGGAAGCGCAGCCCCCAGGGCUCCUCCGAGUCCGCGUCCGACAAGGAAGAUGACGAAGCCACAGAUUAUGUCUUCAGGAUCAUCUACCCUGGGACACAGGCGGAGUUUGUGCCCCAGGACCUGAUGGACGCUCCAGGGGCUGUCCUGCCCCCCAUGUGGCAGCCCAGCACCCGCAAAUCCUCCUGCUCCUCCUGCUCCCAGAGCGGCUCCUCCGACGGGGGCCCCGCCAAUGGCUGCAGCCACGAGAGAGCUCCACUGAAGCUACUGUGUGACAACAUGAAGUACCAGAUCCUGUCCCGGGCCUUCUAUGGCUGGUUGGCCUACUGCAGACACCUGUCCACGGUGAGAACCCACCUGUCAGCGCUGGUGAACCACAACAUCGUGUCCCCCGACGUGCCCUGCAGCGCCAGCGCCGGGCUCACCGUGGACAUCUGGCACAGAUACCUGCAGGACAGCUCGAGUUACGAGGACCAGGAGCUGCUGCGGCUGAUCUACUACGGCGGGAUCCAGCACGAGAUCAGGAAGGCGGUGUGGCCCUUCCUGCUGGGCCAUUACCAGUUUGGGAUGACGGAGGCAGAGAGGAAGGAGGCUGAUGAGCAGACCCGGGCGUGCUACGAGCACACGAUGGCAGAGUGGCUGGGCUGCGAGGCCAUCGUCCGGCAGCGUGAGAAGGAGUCCCACGCCGCAGCCCUGGCCAAGUGCUCCUCGGGGGCCAGCCUGGACUCCCACAUCCAGAGGAUGAUGCACAGGGACUCGACCAUCAGCAAUGAGUCCUCGCAGAGCUGCAGCUCCGGCCGGCAGAAUCACGCCCGGCUGCAGAGUGAUUCCAGCUCCAGCACGCAGGUGUUUGAAUCCGUGGAUGAGGUGGAACAGACUGAAGUGGAUUCUCAGCUGGAAGAUGGCAAGCAAAGCAAGAUCCCAAAUGGGACAGUCCCCAAUGGCACGUGUUCUCCUGAUUCUGGGCACCCCUCCUCCCAAAACUUCUCCAUCACAUCGGGGUUCUCGGAGCGCAGCUUCAGCAACGAGGACAGCGCUCUGGAAACCACCAAAUCCUCAUCCAGCUCCCAGGGCAAGGCUGCUGGGUCCGAUGUGCCAGCCCCACCGGACACGGAUGGUGUCCAGCAGGAGAAGCUGGAAGGCCAAGACAGCCUGGAAGGUGAAUUUCCCACCGGUGGAAGUGUGGACUUUGUCCCCAUGGGUGAGGGCUCGGUGGGGCUCCUGCGUGACAGUGACAGCGUGGCCCUGGCUGUGGUGGAGAGCUGGGCAGACAGCGAGGCUGAGAAGCAGAGCCUGGUGGAGAGUGAGGACAACCUCUCUGAGGAGCCAGAGAUGGAGAGUCUGUACCCACAGCUGGACUCUCUGACUGUGACUGACCUGACCAGCAGUGAACCAGCUGCUCUCUCCUCCACGGGUGUCACCUACUCUCCAGAGCUGCUGGACAUGUACACGGUGAACCUGCACCGCAUCGAGAAGGAUGUGCAGCGCUGUGACCGCAACUACUGGUACUUCACCCCUGCCAACCUGGAGAAGCUCCGCAAUGUCAUGUGCAGCUACAUCUGGCAGCACAUUGAGAUUGGCUAUGUGCAGGGGAUGUGUGACCUGCUGGCCCCUCUCCUGGUCAUCCUGGAUGAUGAGGCUCUGGCUUUCAGCUGCUUCACGGAGCUGAUGAAGAGGAUGAACCAGAACUUCCCCCACGGAGGAGCCAUGGACACCCACUUUGCCAACAUGAGGUCGCUGAUCCAGAUUCUGGACUCUGAGCUCUUCGAGCUGAUGCACCAGAAUGGAGAUUAUACUCAUUUCUACUUCUGCUACCGAUGGUUUCUCCUGGACUUCAAGAGAGAGCUGGUGUACGACGACGUCUUCGCCGUCUGGGAGACCAUCUGGGCUGCUGCUCACGUCUCCUCUGCUCACUACGUGCUCUUCAUAGCCCUGGCCCUGGUGGAGAUGUACCGGGACAUCAUCCUGGAGAACAACAUGGAUUUUACAGACAUCAUCAAGUUUUUCAAUGAAAUGGCAGAACGCCACAACACCAAACAGAUCCUGAAGCUGGCUCGGGACCUGGUCUAUAAAGUGCAGACUCUGAUCGAGAACAAAUGA